UUGGAUUAAACCAUUGGAUUACAGUAAAUAGUCGGACGGAGCGAAGAACAGGAGGGCUGUCAGAUCGAACUGAAAACGGUGACUCCCUGAAUUCAGAGAACCGCUCCUGUCAGGAACGGCUUCUCUCUGUCCGCGUCGCUGGGCAGCCCAUGCUCCCGCAGUGCACCAUGGGUAGCUCUCCAGAGGUGCUGUCAUGGGCGUCGUGCCCCAGCCUGCUUGUUGGCAAGCUGAAGGAGGAGCUAAAGAACACUGUGGUGGGGGACAGCGUUAAGAAAGCUUCCUCUCCCAACACGCCAGCCCCUCCCCUUCCUCUACCCCCCCAGAUCAUCACAGAUCUGGCUCCUCCCACACACCUCCUGGUUCCCCUGGUGAUGCUCGCCCCACCCCCAGGCCAGAACGAGGAGGCUAUGCUGGGCACCAGCCCACCAAUCACAGCGCUCAGUGAGGACUCUGGGCGGGAGCAGAGACACUUUGACAACAGCGUGCUCCAAUUUCAGGAGCACGAGGAGGCGGAGUCACCGGCGUCAUGUGACCAGGAGGGGUGUGGCAGCGGGGGGGAGGGGGAGGGGACAAGGGAGGGGUUAUGUCCCAUACACCAACACCACCCUGGGUCUGGAACCCACAACCACCCUCACCCCCAUGAUGACAUCAAACUGCACUUCCAUAGAGCACCGGGAGGGGGGGGGUUCUUGGAGGGCCUGUUCGGCUGUCUGAGACCCGUCUGGAACAUCAUAGGGAAGACCUACAGCACCGAAUACAAGCUGCAGCAACAAGACAUGUGGGAGGUCCCGUUUGAGGAGAUCUCGGAGCUGCAGUGGUUGGGCAGCGGGGCUCAGGGGGCUGUCUUCCUGGGGAAGCUCCAUGGCAAUGAGGUGGCCAUCAAGAAGGUCCGUGAGCAGAAAGAGACAGACAUCAAACACCUGAGGAAGCUCAAACACCCCAACAUCAUCAGCUUCAAGGGUGUGUGCACACAGGCUCCGUGCUACUGUAUCUUAAUGGAGUAUUGUUCCCAGGGCCAGCUCUAUGAGGUUCUGAGGGCCGGAAGGAAGGUGACCCCCAGACUGCUGGUGGACUGGGCCUCAGGGAUCGCCUCUGGGAUGAACUACCUGCACCUCCACAAGAUUAUACACAGAGACCUCAAGUCCCCCAAUGUGCUGGUGACCCAACAAGACACCGUGAAGAUCAGUGACUUCGGGACAUCCAAGGAGCUCAGUGAUAAGAGUACUCAGAUGUCGUUCGCUGGUACGGUGGCCUGGAUGGCCCCAGAGGUCAUCAGGAACGAACCGGUGUCUGAGAAAGUAGACAUCUGGUCGUUUGGCGUGGUGUUAUGGGAGCUGCUGACUGGAGAGAUCCCCUAUAAAGAUGUGGACUCCUCAGCCAUCAUCUGGGGUGUGGGUAGCAACAGCCUCCACCUCCCUGUUCCUUCCACCUGUCCUGAUGGGUUCAAGAUCCUCAUGAAGCAGACAUGGCAAGGGAAGCCCAGGAAUCGUCCAUCAUUCCGUCAGAUCCUGCUCCAUCUGGACAUCGCCUCAGCUGAUAUCCUGGGAGCUCCUCAGGAGACCUACUUUAAGUCUCAGUCUGAGUGGAGGGAGGAGGUGAGGAAACACUUUGAGAAGAUCAAGUCUGAAGGAACCUGCAUCCACCGACUGGAUGAGGAGCUGAUCAAACGCAGGAGGGAUGAACUCAGACAUGCCCUGGACAUCAGGGAGCACUAUGAGAGGAAGUUGGAGAGAGCUAACAACCUCUACAUGGAGCUGAGUGCCAUCAUGCUACAGCUGGAGGUCCGCGAGAAGGAGCUCAUCAAGAGAGAGCUGGCUGUGGAGAAGAAGUAUCCAGGUAACUACAAGCGUUCCCACCUGGUGCGUCCCAUCGUCAGGCCCAACGCCGUAGAGAAAUUCAUCAAGAAGAAAGGCAGCAUUUCCCACAAGACUGGGAUGCCCCCUGCUAAGAGGCCGGACCUGCUGCGUUCCGAAGGUAUCCUCAGUGUGGAGGUGCUCUCAUCCCCCUCGCCCCUCUCUGCCAGCCCCAAGGUUUCCACACCACCUGACAAGCAGAGGUACCGCAGCAAGCCCCGGCACCGCCGUGCCAACAGCAAGGGUUCCCACAGCGACUUCCCCGGGGUUCUGAAGACCGGGCCGGGGACGGAAGCUACGGAGGAGCAACAACCCCUCAAAGACCACUACCAGCCCCAGCCUCUAGGGGAGCACUACCAUCAUCCUGCCACCGGGUGUGCUGUCCAAGAGCACUACGAGCACCACCACCACCACCCCCCACCACAGGGCCCUCUGCUGCCCCUGAAGAACAGAGAGGAAGGGGUGGUCAACUGUGCCAACAACCUGCGUUACUUCGGCCCGGCCGCGGCCCUGCGAAGCCCCCAGACAGACCACCUCCAACGCCGCCUGUCCGGCACCAGCCCUGACCUCAUCUCUAUGGCCGUGGUGUCAGACUCACGCCAGCGUAGCAUCUCUGUGUCAGGCCCCAGGGGUCCCGGGGGGAGGGGUGGGACACUGUGUCCCUGCUGCCUGACACACCCCUUCCCAGGCUGCCUGCACUGCCAGGAGACCCCCCCGGCCCCCAGCCACCCAGAGCUGCCACACUACUCCCUGUUGUCCACCUGUCAGGGCUCGUCCCCUUCCCUGUCCAGAGGACCUGACCCCACGGCAGAGGGAGAGCAGCAGGAGAAGCAGGAUACAGCUCGGAAGAGCAGCUUACCCUCUGGAGCUGGCCUCCCACGCAACCUCAGGCCCCCGAGGAAGGCUGGUGAUGAGUCGUCAGAGGAGGAGGAGGGGGAGGUGGACAGUGAGGUGGAGUUUCCACGGAGACAGAGACCUCACCGCUGUAUGAGGUCGUUCCAGUCCUACUCCACCUUCAGCUCAGAGAACCUGUCUGUAUCUGAGGAAGAGGAGGGCAACACCAGUGACCGCUCCCACAGCGGACCCCUGGAGCUCUUCUCAGCCUCUCAAGAGGACCACCUGGAUGAGCUGCUGUCUCACACACCUGACAUCCCCAUCGACAUCAACACCCAGUCAGACGGCCUGUCUGAUAAGGAGUGUGCUGUCCGCAGGGUCAAGACCCAGAUCUCCCUGGGGAAACUGUGUUCUGAUGAGCACAGCUAUGAGAACCCGCUGCACUUUGAGUCUGACUGUGAUUCCUCUGAUGCAGACUGUUCUGACGCCACCAUUAAGAACAACCAGCCUGGCGCACUCACCUCCUGGUGAUCAGCCUCCCCCUGGAAUAUCCUGGGGGCCACUCGGCCCUCCCGUCUGCCUGGAAAAACUCUGGGCCCCAGGACCCUACGCCCCUGCAAUAGCUCCUCCCCCUUUCCUCUCUGCAUAGCACCCCCCCCCCACCCCCCACCCCCCCAGGCAACCUAAGCAGGGAUCCCUUUUGUAUGAUAUUAGAUAUAUAUACAGUAGAUAGAUGAUUGUGUAACAGUUUGAGGGAAAAAUCAGGAACUCUGUAAAACAACAACAAAACUGUUAAUUGUAAGAUACUGGUGAGGAUGAUGAUGAUGAAGAGGAUGCAGUGCAGCUUGGACCAGCCAGAGACUAUGACCAGUGGGUAACAGUGACUGUGUUACUGUAGGGCUGGGCAGGAUGUUGCUGUACUGUGUGUGUGUCAGGUGCUGGUCUCUCAGGCCAUUGUCAGUACUCCAGAAUGGGACUGUGAGUACGUUUACAUGCACACUAAUAAUUCAAUAUUAAACGGAUUAUGCCAGUAGGCAGAUUAUGCAAUAUUCAUGUUAACACCUUACUCUGCUUAUCUUAAUUGGCGUAAGGUCAAAAUUGAAGGAAGUAUACAGCGAUUAAAACACCUGGUUUUCUGAGCCAUCCUUUGAAUGACAAGGUAAACAACGUAAUCAUUCCUACAGUGUGUUUGAUCUGACAUGUGCCGGCACCAGCCAAGUGGGCCUCCCUCUUGAGGGAAGUGAGUUCGGGACAACUGAAUGUGUGCGUCUGAAGUAGUUUUCACAUACAAACUUUAUAUGUCUGAACAAAGAAUCAAAUAUGCUUCCCAAAAUUAACAUGGUAAUAACAUGUGGUACAGCGUUUAUUUUGAUUGGUGAUUUUCUGCGUUCAUCAUAUUGCCAACAGGCAGCCUGAUUUCAGAUGUGUUCAUGUAAACAGGAUUAUUGGGGAAAUCUUUCUUCUUGCAAAGCAUCUAAAAGUUUUAAACAAACUAUUAUAUUCAUCUGAUUAUCCACAAUAAUCGCAUUAUUGUGUACAUGUAACCGUACUCAGUGAGUAUUCCAGAAUGAGACAGUCAGUGUUCCAGAACAGUACUGUCAGUAUUCUAGAAGCGGACCGUCAGUAUUCCAGAAUGGGACUGUCAGUAUUCUAGAAGCGGACUGUCAGUAUUCCAGAACAGUACUGUCAGUAUUCUAGAAGCAGACUGUCAGUAUUCCAGAACAGUACUGUCAGUAUUCCAGAAGGGGACUGUCAGUAUUCCAGAAUGGGACUGUCAGUAUUCUAGAAGCGGACUGUCAGUAUUCCAGAAGGGGACUGUCAGUAUUCCAGAAUGUGACUGUCAGUAUUCCAGAACAGUGCUGUCAGUAUUCCAGAAGGGGACUGUCAGUAUUCCAGAAUGGUACUGUCAGUAUUCCAGAAUGUGACUGUCAGUAUUCCAGAACAGUACUAUCAGUAUUCCAGAACAGUACUGUCAGUACUCCAGAAUGUGACUGUCAGUAUUCCAGAACAGUACUGUCAGUACUCCAGAAUGUGACUGUCAGUAUUCCAGAACAGUACUGUCAGUAUUCCAGAAUAGUACUGUCAGUAUUCCAGAAUGGUACUGUCAGUAUUCCAGAAUGGGACUGUCAGUAUUCCAGAAUGGUACUGUCAGUAUUCCAGAAUGGGACUGUCAGUAUUCCAGAACAGUACUGUCAGUACUCCAGAAUGUGACUGUCAGUAUUCUAGAACAGUACUGUCAGUAUUCUAGAAGCGGACUGUCAGUAUUCCAGAACAGUACUGUCAGUAUUCCAGAAUGGGACUGUCAGUAUUCCAGAACAGUACUGUCAGUAUUCUAGAAGCGGACUGUUAGUAUUCCAGAACAGUACUGUCAGUAUUCUAGAAGUGGACUGUCCGUAUUCCAGAACAGUCCUGUCAGUACUCCAGAAUGUGACUGUCAGUAUUCCAGAACAGUACUGUCAGUAUUCUAGAAGCGGACUGUCAGUAUUCCAGAACAGUCCUGUCAGUUCUCCAGAAUGUGACUGUCAGUAUUCCAGAACAGUACUGUCAGUAUUCCAGAAUGGGACUGUCAGUAUUCCAGAACAGUACUAUCAGUAUUCCAGAAGCGGACUGUCAGUACUCCAGAACAGUCCUGUCAGUACUCCAGAAUGUGACUGUCAGUAUUCCAGAACAGUCCUGUCAGUACUCCAGAAUGUGACUGUCAGUAUUCCAGAACAGUACUGUCAGUAUUCCAGAAUGGGACUGUCAGUAUUCCAGAAUGGGACUGUCAGUACUCCAGAAUGUGACUGUCAGUAUUCUAGAACAGUACUGUCAGUAUUCUAGAAGCGGACUGUCAGUAUUCCAGAACAGUACUGUCAGUACUCCAGAAUGUGACUGUCAGUAUUCUAGAACAGUACUGUCAGUAUUCUAGAAGCGGACUGUCAGUAUUCCAGAACAGUACUGUCAGUAUUCUAGAAGUGGACUGUCAGUAUUCCAGAACAGUCCUGUCAGUUCUCCAGAAUGUGACUGUCAGUAUUCCAGAACAGUACUGUCAGUAUUCCAGAAUGGGACUGUCAGUAUUCCAGAACAGUACUAUCAGUAUUCCAGAAUGGGACUGUUAGUAUUCCACAGACCCAGACAGGAUUCUAAUUGUGUGAAUAGAACAUCAGAACACAGUGUCUCCUGUCUUGUCCCACAGCCCAGCCCCCCACUAACCAUCACUGUCUCUGUAACUGUCUGACCAGUCCAGUAUGAUAUAACCUACCUGCUAAACAUGACUUUACAGAUGAAUCAGGACUGUAACCCGACCCCACGGCCCAGUGGGACACCGACAUGGGCAAAUAACGUCUAAACACCAGCAUGAAACAACAGCCCAACCAUCAACCAACGUUGUCCCAACCAUGUCCCAACCAUCAACCAACGUUGUUCCAACCAUGUCCCAACCAUCAACCAACGUUGUCCCAACCAUGUCCCAACCAUCAGCCAACGUUGUCCCAACCAUGUCCCAACCAUCAACCAACCAUCAACCAACGUUGUCCCAACCAUGUCCCAACCAUCAACCAACGUUGUCCCAACCAUCAGGGAUCCAUUUCAGCACAGAUGUUUGGUUGGGAGAUGGUUGAUACAACGUUGGUUUGUUUACCAGUACAGCCCAGACCUGUGUUGGAAGUACAUUCCGUGCAGAAUGGCAGUAAUGAUGAUAGUUGCUCUGAGAAACUCCAUAUUUUGAUGAGAAUCGAACGUAUUCUGAUGUUCUACCGUUUGCAGAGCUGCUUAAAUGGGACUUUGAAUUGAAGGAUCCUGAGCGUCAGGAGAUCUCGUCUCCUCAAGCCCAGGUACUGGUUCACAACCAACCGUUGUAUCAACCAUCUCCCAACCAACCAUCGGUGUUGAAAUGGAUCCUUGCAGCAGAACUGCACCACCUUAGCUUGUAAUGACAGACUGCCCAGAAGUACGCAUGACUCAAAAAGAGCAGAAAAGCACAAGAGAAUUUAGUUCUCUCCCAACCCAGCCAGUUCAACUUGGCUCCAGAGAAGCCUCCAUAAUCAAGUCUCCAAUCUCAGUGUUGAACCCUGUCCUGCAUCAAGUCAUAGCACCUGUAUGUCUCAGCACCCUCAUGUACCGUGAUGUUAUAGUACUGUACUGUCUGUCUCCUGCUCAGGAUGCUCUUUCUGGACCAAGACUGAACUUAUAACGUUACCGUGUAGUAUGUCUGUCGUAUGUCGUUCAGCGUGGGCCAAUACCAUGUUGUAUGUUGUUGAAUGGCACAGUGGACCAGGCGGACGUCUUGGAGUUGGCGUAAUAACUAGGUAGAUAGAUAGGUGUAACAUAGUUGCCACGAAGGUGCAGUAUCCCAGUUUUAUCAGGCCCCUGCAGUAUCCCAGUUUUAUCAGGCCCCUUUGUUCCAUGUCUUUCAGCAGGGUUGUUCAUCCGCCAUUGGUGCUUGAUACGCUAUGCUAUUGUCUGACACCAAACAGAAUGGUGUUUCAGAGGACCAGUCAGACACCAAACUGAAUGGUGUUACAGAGGACCAGUCAGACACCAAACUGAAUGGUGUUACAGAGGACCAGUCAGACACCAAACUGAAUGGUGUUACAGAGGACCAGUCAGACACCAAACUGAAUGGUGUUACAGAGGACCAGUCAGACACCAAACUGAAUGGUGUUACAGAGGACCAGUCAGACACCAAACUGAAUGGUGUUACAGAGGACCAGUCAGACACCAAACUGAAUGGUGUUACAGAGGACCAGUCAGACACCAAACUGAAUGGUGUUACAGAGGACCAGUCAGACACCAAACUGAAUGGUGUUACAGAGGACCAGUCAGACACCAAACUGAAUGGUGUUACAGAGGACCAGUCAGACACCAAACUGAAUGGUGUUUCAGAGGACCAGUCAGACACCAAACUGAAUGGUGUUACAGAGGACCAGUCAGACACCAAACUGAAUGGUGUUACAGAGGACCAGUCAGACACCAAACUGAAUGGUGUUACAGAGGACCAGUCAGACACCAAACUGAAUGGUGUUACAGAGGACCAGUCAGACACCAAACUGAAUGGUGUUACAGAGGACCAGUCAGACACCAAACUGAAUAGUGUUACAGAGGAACAGUGCUAGUGACACUUCGUUUGUGUCGUCCUCUUUUAAAAGGGAUACUGCAUCUUGUGUGACUAGUAACACUAAAAUAAUUUCCCCCUUG